AUGAUCGCGGCCCAGGCCAAGCUGGUGUAUCAUCUGAAUAAAUACUACAACGAGAAAUGCCAAGCCAGGAAAGCUGCCAUCGCCAAAACGAUCCGAGAAGUCUGCAAAGUGGUGUCGGACGUGCUGAAGGAGGUGGAGGUGCAGGAGCCUCGCUUCAUCAGUUCCUUGAACGAGAUGGACAAUCGCUACGAGGGGCUGGAAGUCAUCUCCCCCACGGAGUUUGAAGUCGUGCUGUAUCUGAACCAAAUGGGGGUUUUCAACUUCGUGGACGACGGCUCCUUGCCGGGCUGCGCUGUGUUAAAGUUAAGCGACGGGCGCAAGAGGAGCAUGUCCCUCUGGGUGGAGUUCAUCACGGCGUCUGGCUACCUCUCCGCUCGCAAAAUCCGGUCCAGAUUUCAGACUCUGGUGGCUCAAGCCGUGGAUAAGUGCAGUUACAGAGACGUGGUAAAGAUGGUGGCGGACACCAGCGAAGUGAAGCUGCGGAUCAGGGAUAGGUACGUCGUGCAGAUCACUCCGGCGUUCAAGUGCACGGGGAUCUGGCCGCGGAGUGCUGCCCACUGGCCGCUUCCCCACAUCCCCUGGCCGGGACCCAACAGGGUGGCGGAGGUCAAGGCGGAAGGCUUCAACCUCUUAUCCAAGGAGUGCCACUCUCUGGCCGGCAAGCAGAGCUCGGCCGAGAGCGAUGCCUGGGUGCUGCAGUUCGCCGAAGCCGAGAACAGACUGCAGAUGGGCGGCUGCAGGAAGAAAUGCCUCUCUAUCCUCAAAACCUUACGGGACCGUCACCUGGAGCUGCCGGGCCAGCCCCUGAAUAAUUAUCACAUGAAGACUCUGGUUUCCUACGAAUGCGAAAAGCAUCCCCGCGAGUCGGACUGGGACGAGUCGUGCCUGGGGGACCGGCUCAACGGGAUUUUACUGCAGCUCAUCUCCUGCCUCCAGUGCAGGAGGUGCCCGCACUACUUCUUGCCCAACUUAGACCUCUUUCAGGGCAAACCUCACUCGGCCCUGGAAAACGCGGCCAAACAGACGUGGCGACUGGCUAGGGAAAUACUUACCAACCCGAAAAGUUUGGAGAAACUUUAG